UCGAGCAUAGGCUUACUCCGCUCAUUCAUCCUCAUGAACGUUGUAAAAGAAAUUGAACGGCUGAACGCUGCUGAACUUUUCCGUGACAUCAAAGAUUCCGCAUCCUGGCACUCACAGUACAAGGACUCUGCCUAUGUAUUUGUUGGAGGAAUACCCUAUGAACUGACGGAGGGCGACCUGAUUGCGGUGUUCUCACAGUACGGAGAGAUUGUAGAUCUCAACCUUGUGCGGGACAAGCAGUCAGGGAAGAGCAAAGGUUUUGCCUUUGUUGCCUUUGAGGACCAAAGGAGCACCACCUUGGCGGUGGACAAUUUCAACGGUAUUAAGAUUCUAAAUCGUACUAUAAGGGUCGACCAUGUAGCGAAAUAUCGCGGACCCAAAAAGGACGAUGAUUUUGACGAGGAGGAGGAGAAAAAAAGAAAACUGCAUAUUCUUCCGCCACAUUUGCGACCUAAAGAGCCAAAGCCAGAUGGGGCUGAUUCUAGUUCUUCUGAGUCCGAGAUGGACGAGGCACGAAGAAUAGCAGAAGAGCUUGACAAGGAGGAUCCAAUGCGGGCGUACCUUGCAAGGAAGGCGGCAAAGAAGGCAAAGAAAGAGGCCAAGAAAGCCAAAAAGGAAAAGAAAAAGAAAAGAAAAGAGAGAGGGGAGGCAGAAUCGAUAAAUGAAGAACAAGGGCGAGAAUCUAGGACAGAACCUGAACGGAGGAAGAGACAUGUAGAUAGCGACGAUGAUCGGCCCUCACGCCGCGACCAAAGAUCUACCAGACGCGGUGUUUCACCGUAUGAGCGCGGCGUGGAGCAAAGUUACCGCGAUCGACACAGAGAAGGAUAUGACAUACAUGAUACCGCGCAGCGAAAAGAUUUUGAUAAAGGACGAGAUCAUAGCAAAGAACGUGGUAUGAAAGAAUUGAGGGUCGAGAGACGAGAUGGGCGUGGUGAUGAUUUGUCGAGGAGAAGACGAACAGAUGAUAGCCGGCGGGAAAGGUCAAGACAUUAUGAUAGACAAUAUUCGCCUUCGCGUAGCAGAGAAAGAAGUCGCGAAUCAUAUAGGCAGAGAGACGGGGACCGGUAUAGUGGCCGCAGAUAGGAUACAAUGAGGCUUCACUCAGAGCGAUCAUGGUUCCGUCUGGUGAAUAUAUGACUCAAAUGGUAUCUAAUGGGUAAAUUGUGUUUGUACCAAUGCCGAAAUCCUUCCCUUAACUUGGCACAGUCAGGAUUUAACAAUAUGUAAUUACACUUCUUUCAAUUUACGACCAUGGUUGUUUCCAAUACAUAGGUCUUCA